CACCAUGUACUCAGUUCUUCAAGAAAAGGGUUUCCCUCAACACUGAAGAUUCCUCCUGCAUUUUUCCUUUGUUUGUAAACUAGCUUUUUCAUUUGUGAAGAACCAAGCGUGACAAGGAUCGCCGCAUCGUUUCCUGUCUGCAGUGUUUCAGACCACAGGAGCUGUUGCCUAACCACCUGUUAAGAGUCUGCCUGAAGAACCACACAAAUGAGGAGAGGAAUGCAGAGGUGGACAGAGCCAAAAAGUCGAUGAAGGCCUGGACCCUUCAAGGCAGAACCUGGGACUACAACGUCAUGGUCAGGCGGUACCCCGAUGAGGCUUCCAGACAGGCUCUUCUGGAAGACCUUCGUGACAUGCAUUUUUUAAUUCUUAAUGACCCCAUGGACACACCUGCUGAAUCCAGUCACAGACCACCAGGCGCUGCAGUUGAAACUUGCAACAAAAAACCUGCUCAGCCGACUCUCCAAGACUGCCAGAGAGUCCUCAGAGUGUCACAGAUGGACAUGCUGGACAUCCGCGGGAGGCUCCUGGAUCAGCAGCAUGUGGAAGAAGACCAAAGGACGCUGUUCCGUUACUUCUGCGAAGCCAUCCUGGUCCUGAGAUACUUCCAGCGACCAGAAGCAGUGAGGGCAUUUACAGCUUCAGAUUGGGUCAACAAGACACAUGUUGAGGGACGAAUCCGAAUGUGGGUCAGUGAACUGACAGCGUCCACAAAGCAGAGUGCAACAUUUUCCCUCGCAGAGGAGGACUCUGCUGUGCCGUCGCCCCCUGGUGACGAAGACGGAGACUUCAUCCUGAUUCAUCACAGUGAAGUUCAGAUCUCAGAGAAAGCAGAGCAGGUUUACACACAACUGGUCAAGAUCCUCAAAGAGCAGCAUGAGAAAUGCAUCACUCACUCCAAGCAAUUCACACACCUGGGGAACGUCACUGAAACAACAAAGUUUGAGAAGAUGGCGGAGAGUUGUAAGAAAAGUCUGGAGGUCCUGAAGCUGGCUCAGUCCAGAGGUCUUCCUCCCCCUAAACAUCACUUUGAGGAGAGAUCAUUUCACACUGUCAGGAUAUUUCCAGAGCUGAGCAGCACUGACAUGGUUGUUACUAUUGUCAAAGGGAUGAAUCUUCCAGCUCCUAGUGGAAUCCAAACAAAUGACCUAGAUGCCUUCGUCAAGUUUGACUUCCCCUACCCCAGCACGGAGCAGCCGCAGAAACACAAAACAGCGGUCAUCAAGAACACUAACUCCCCAGAAUAUAACCAGAGUUUCACCCUGUCAAUCAACCGGAACCACCGCGGCUUCAGGAGGGUGGUGAUGUCUAAAGGCCUCAAACUGGAGCUGCUGCACAAAGGCGGUUUCUUGCGGAGCGACAAGCCAAUCGGGACGGCCCUUGUAAAGCUGGACAAACUGGAGUCACAGAGCGAAGUCAGAGAGAUCGUAGAGGUGAUGGACGGGCGUAAGGCCACAGGAGGUCGUGUUGGUGAAGAUCCGACUGCGGGAGCCUCUGAGCGGACAGGACAUGCAGACGAGCACCGAGCGCUGGCUGGUGAUCGAUCAGUCGCAGGUUCUUGUUUAGAUGCUGCUGCAAGAUUAAAGAUGAUCCACAAGAUAAAGAUUAAAGGCACUCAAUUAGAAACACUGAGGAGGACGGGGUUUGGGAUGUUGUGAUGAGGACGGUCUGUCGUUCAGACUGGACUCUGACCUACACGGGUCUUUGACUUGUUCAAAUGUUUUUGCACAUUUGCGAGACACAAGCUCUCCCUUUCACACUGCAGUCCCCCAGGAGGAGACAUGGAUCUGGUUUACAGUAGUUCAGCUGAUCUGGCUCAGCGACAGGAACCUCUUCAGUCUGAGCAAAUGGUGACUCCAUUUAAAUCGAGGGAAAGGUUGUUCUCUCGUUCGUCAUCAUCUUUAAACUGUAAGCUCGUGAUGCAUCAGGCAGACGAGGUGGUAGGCUCCUUGUGACAUUUAAACCAGAGAAAACUAUUCAGGCAAUGAUUACAGUUGCCCCAAAAAGUCUCUUUGUCUUGUUUGCACCUAGUAGCACAUCAGCUGAGUGUGUCUGAUCUUUGUGUAACAAAAUGUGCUUCAGUCUAAAAAGCUAAAUAUUCAUUUUAUUACAAAGCAAACAUCCAUUAUUGCACAGAUAAGGAGGUUAAAAAGUAAUUUUUAAAUGAACAUCAUUGGAUGACUGAACUUUAAUCUCAUCCUGUAUUUUAGUUUAAGGAAUAGUUGAACCUUUUGGGAAAUUAAAAUAACUAUUAAAUAACUAUUGAUAAAAA